AUAUGCUGAAUAAAAAAUAAGUAAAUCAAAUUAUUAAAUUUAUUAAAAAUAUAUUGAAAAUAAUUCAGAAAUUUUUGAAUAUUUUAAAAAAAUAAAAUUAUUUUUUUUUUAAAUAAAAUUUGAAUUUAAAAUUAAAAAUACAAUAAUAUAAAAACAUCUAGUAUAUCUAGAGUUAUUAAAUAAAUAAAGCUGGAAAAUGGCAGAUACAGAAAUCGCAAAUUGCGAUGAAAAUUACGCUAAUGAAUAUAAAAGAUUACAGUCCUUAUCAAGUCAAGAUGAAAUCCGACAUUGGUGUUCCGAAUAUGGUCUUUCAGAAGAGCAAGUUGCAGAAUUUAAAGAAGCAUUCAUGUUAUUCGAUAAAGAUGAAGAUGGAACAAUUACAAUGGCUGAACUUGGUGUUGUUAUGAGAUCUUUAGGACAGCGACCAAGUGAAACUGAACUCAGAGAUAUGGUUAACGAAGUGGAUCAAGAUGGCAACGGAACAAUCGAGUUCAAUGAAUUUCUACAGAUGAUGUCCAAAAAAAUGAAAGGUGCUGAUGGUGAGGAUGAAUUACGGGAAGCAUUCAGAGUAUUUGAUAAAAAUAAUGAUGGCUUCAUAUCAUCAAGUGAAUUGCGCCAUGUUAUGACAAAUCUGGGUGAAAAACUAUCCGAAAUGGAAGUAGACGAUAUGAUUAAAGAAGCUGAUUUGGAUGGUGAUGGUCAAGUUAAUUACAGUGAUUUUGUAAUGCUGUUAACUAAGCGCAACUAGUGCCGAAUUUGUAAUCGUCGAGGGAGUAAGAAACCAAAAAGUGUUAAAGAAUGAGCCUAAUAAAAUAUAAAUUUUUUAUAAAUUAUGUAUGUAUGUAUAUGUAAACCUGCAAAAAAGACAAAAAACAACAAGAAACAAUUAUAAAAAUAAUAUAGAAAAAAAUACAAAACUCCUUUCUCCUCAACUAUAUACAACAAUUUUACCACCAAAGGAAAGGAAGAACAAGAAUUUAAAAUGAAUAAAAAAUAAAUAAAAUACAUACACAAUUAUAAAUAAUUUUACUGAUUAUGGUUAUCAACGGAAAAGAGUUUUUUUUAUUUUUAAAAAUAAAAAAUAAAAUUAUAAGAAUAUGAAAACGAUGUGCUCUGUAACUUCAAGGACCAGUCUAUACUAAUAAUAAAAAUAAAAUCAUUUAUUAAUAAAAAAAAAAAACAAAAAAUUAACAAAAAAUCAAAAUAAAAUGUAUAGAUAAAUCUAAGAAUUUUUGUAAAAAUGCUCUCCAUAUAUUAAAUUUCAACAAUUAUGGAAACCCUUGACGAUUAUAUAAAAAUAUAAAAUUGAGUGGAAGGGAUAUCCACCAAAAACAAAUAUAUAAAAUAAACAAAAAAACAACAACAAACAUUUAAGAACAAAAUUUCCUUAUUUCGGAUCUCUUUUGCCUAUUCUCCACAAUUCUCAUCACAUCCACAAUCCCUCCCCCUCCUAUCUUUUUUGCUAUAAUAGAGCAAAACAAUUUCUUAGUUAUUAUAUUUUAAAUUUUUUUAUCACAAAAUUUUCAUUACAUACCUAAUAAUGAAUUGAAAUUAUUCAAAUAAUAAAGCAAAAACAAGAAAUAAAAUAUUAUUUAACAAUUAAAAAAAUAUAUGUACCUAGAUACAUAAUAUUAAAUAUCACGUAAUUUAAAAUAAAAAACAGAAUUUUUUUUAGGCUUUCUUGUUUUUGUUUUUUUUUUUGUAUAAAAAUUUAGUGGAUUAAACUAAAUUUAAAAUUUCAGUAUAAACAUAAAAGUUUAAAUAAAAUUUGUAAUAAUCAUAUACAUAAUUUAAAACAAAAGAUUAAGAAAAGGAACACUAAAAGACAACUUAUUAAAAAACAACCAAAAACAAAAAUAAAAUAAUUUAAAAUUUAAAAAAAAAGUAUAUAAAACUUUAGCUAAAAAACUGUAACAAAAAAGAAAAUUUUUGUAGUCAAAUAUUUUUAUUAAAAUUAAAAAAAAAAAACCAAAAAAAUAUUAAAAAAUAAAGCAAAUACCAACAUUGUAGAUAUGUCAUACAAAAAAAAAGGAAUUACUUUAAAUUUAGUAAAUUAAUAAAAAAAAAUAUAAACGUCUAGGUAAAAACUACACAAAAAAACAAAAAAAAAAAUAAAUAAUCAAUGAGAAUAUCAUAAAUGUCAAAAACUGAAAAUAUCGAAAAAUAAAUGUCAAAUAAAUACAUAUAUGAAAAACUUAAAAAAAAAAAUUAUCAUAAUUAAGUAGGUUAAUAAUAAUAAAUUUUCAAUAAAACCAUAAAUUCAGAAAAAUAUUCAAAUCCAAAAAACUAAAUUUUUUCAACCAUUUCAUUGCAACAUUUUAACGGAACUGUCAUGCAAACCGUAAAAUUUAAUGAUAAAAAAGGUUUAUAAUUUUUUUUAAAUUUCACAAAUAUAAGUACAUAAAAUAUUUUCAAUUGAAAAAUUCUAAAUCUAAUAAUUUGAUUUCAAAUUCAAUUGUUCCUGUUUUUAAAGCCCUGUAUUUAAAAUCUGAAACGUUCAAGCAAUUAACAAACGCAUAUAUUCUAUUUUUGAAAACCUACUUAUUUUUACAUAAUUCAAAUAACUUUCUGCAAACUUAAAAAGGAUGAAAUAAAUUUUAUAUUAAAAACUUAUUUAAAUUUAAAAAAAUGUUUAGCUAUGUUUGAUAGCUUUGAACUUCCCUUGAACCAAUAAAACCAAUAUUUAUAGGAAUAGAAUGGCAUAUUAUAAUAAAUUUAAGUGAAAUUUUCUAAAUUUUAAUUGCAAUAAUAAAAACUACAGUGGCUAAACCGUGAUUAUGUUAUUUUCUUAAAAUAAUUUACAAUAAAAACUCUUAUUUUAAAAUAAAAAAAAUAAUAUAUAGAAUCAUACAGUAAUUUAGUAUAGAAGGCCUAUUAUUUAUCUUCCAAGAUUUAUAAUAAAUUAUUCUGAAGCAUACAAUUAUAAUAUAUAUGAUCUACAUUCAUCCAUCUGUCUCCGGAAAAUCAAUAUUAUAAUUAAAAAUCCCCCAUACAUAUACGUGAAUAUACAUAUUUGCAAUACAUUCACUUGAUCUCAAGUGAAAUUUUAUAAUUAAUUCGAUAAUUAAUUUUAAAAUCAGAAUUGAACAACUAAAUAAUAUAAUGUAUUGCAAUAAAAAAUUCGAAUCGAUUGUAUACUCGUAUAUUUAUAUGUAUAUACUUGAUAUAAGAAUGAAAAAAAAAAACAGAAACUAUGAAUACAUAAGUGAUCAUAUUACACAAAUUUUCAUUUUAUAUAGAAGAAUGUAUGUAUAUGGUAAAUGUAAAAUAUCGGUGUGCAUAACUAAAAUAUUUUAACAAAAUAGUUAUAUAAAAGAGUAAAUAUAUAUAUAUAUAUAUACACAAUUAUAUGUAUAUAUAUAUAUAUAUAUAUAUAUAAAAUUGUAUGAUUGCAUUAUACAAAUAAUUAACAUUUACUUAUUUAACUGCAGAAUGUAACAAUACAAGAAUCAAAAUCAUAUAACUAUUAAAUAUGAUUAUAGUAAAAUAUUAAAAUUUACUGAUAAUUAUGUGAAAUAUCUUGUUUAACGUAUAAUCUGUAUAUAAAAUAUUUAUAAUAAAAUACACUUAUUUUCUUUUAUAUAAAUUUUAUUAUACACAUAUAAAUUAUAUUAUAAAAUCCCAUAUAAAACAUAUAUACAAAAUAUCUUUGUCCUUAACUUUUAUCUAUACUUAUAAAUAAUUUUUUUAUUUACCAUAUUUAAAUAUUAUGUUUUAUCUCCUUUUUUUUAUUUAUUUUUUUGUAAAAUAUUUUCUAUUAAUUUUUAUCGUGUACAUAAAUAUGUAUAUAUAAUAAAGUCAAUAAAAAUUUAGAAUUAUUAAAAUUACUAUUUUACAAUUUUUUAUUUAUUUUAUGUUUUGUUUUCUUUUUAAUUUAUGUACACAGGAAAAAUCUGAUGCAUUGACAUAUUUCAGCAAAUAAAGCAAUUUAUUUUAUUUAAUUAAAUCUAAAUAAAGUAUCGAACUUUCGGUAAAUAGUUAAAGUAACACUUCGAUAUACAGUCACAUUUGCUUAAGAGUACAAACAAAAUUUCUAGAAUAUUUUCAACUAAAAGCAAUUUUUUCAUUUAUAACGCUAAAUUAUACUUAUAACACCAUUUUAAUAAUGUGUAUUUUUUUAUAAACAUUUAAUCAUUUGCAUAAUGCAUAUAAUUAAUUAUUGAACUUAUCAAACAAAAAUGUUAAAUGCUAUUGGCUUGUGCCCGUUAAACAUGUACAUACAUAUAUUUAAAAUAAAAUAUCAUUAUUUUUUAUGAAAAACAAUAUGUUUUUAAAAUAUGUUAUCUAAAAAGGUUUUGACUGUCAAUCGAAUGAAACUUUGGGUGAAGUAAUUUGCUUUUGAAAAAUUAAAUAUUUCAAUAUUUACAUUUCAAAUAAACUUAUAAAAUAAUUAUUUUGCAUUGAAGAAAUUAAUAUUUAAAUUGUUUUGACAACACUAAGAAAAAAAUAGACUAUUGUUCAUUACAUUUUAAAAUUACAUUUUUUGAUAAUUUCAAUUUAAAUCUUAAAUAAUAUUUUCAUAUAUUAAGUAAAAUUUAUUAAGUAAAAAUUUCAGUUUAUAUGUUUUCCAAUUAUUUUUUGUAUAGAAUUAUAAACAUUGUUAUAUGCAGUCCUUACAUUUUUUUAAUCUAUAUUAAAACUGAUAUCACUUUAAUAAAUAUAU